UAAGUGCCUCCUUACAUGGGGAGGAAGGGGCAACAGCAUUCCUCCAGUGAGAGGGUAAUAUUUUUGUUACCAUCAGCAAGUGCUUCCCAAGCGGCAUCAGGCUGGUCUGCCACCGCUUUGCGCUGUUUUAAUCUCUUGGGUAGGAAAUCAAACAGUAACGUUUGCGUGUGCCAGGAGAAGGCCCAGGCCACAGAGGCUAUGGCGGAACCAGCCUAUAUCAUACCGGCCUUUCGGCAGAGGAGUUCUGAGGAGACAGAGGAAUACCAGAGAGUGGCCACAAAGGUUGGCAAAGGACUGGCUGUGAUUCAGGAGGAGCUGCACAGGAUGAGGAUUGUUACCAAGGCUCAGGUGGAGAGUUUGGAGAUCCAGAGAGAGGCUCGGAGCAUGAGGAAGAGAAGAGUGGAUUUGUUAGAUGACAUCCCCAAGAUGCCAGACUUCCUGGUGGCGCUGCGGCCUCACACCGUGUGGGAGAAGACUCCGGUCAAACUCUUCUGCACCGUGGAGGGAAACCCCAGACCAAUUGUCAAAUGGUAUAAGGGAGGAGUGCCCGUCGACCCACUGAACGCUCCAGGAAAAUACAAGAUUGAAAACAAGUAUGGAGUCCACGGUUUGAUCAUCAGCAGGUGUAUGGUGAGUGAUACGGCUGAGUACAGCGCGGUGGCCACCAACCAGCACGGCACCGCCACCAGCAAGGCCACAAUCAUUGUCAAGAGACCUCAGGGAUUCUCAGAGUCCAGUCAUCUUGGACUGGUUCCUCAUCUGACUGACAUCCAUCCCAGUAAGCUGGAGGUCUCGCUGCUCGACCGUUUCCGUGUCAGCUUUGGUGUGGAGGGCGCCUUCACCCUGGUGUGUACCAUGGUGGUGGUGCCCGACCUCCCCAACAUCCCACCCUUCGUCCAGUGGUACAGAGACGAUAAACUGUUGAAAAACAGCAAGCUGGUAGAGAUGGCCGUGGGUGGAGGUUCUGCCCGUCUCACGCUGCCCCACCUAGCCAAAGAUGACGAGGGUCUUUACACCAUUCGCAUCUUUACCAAGGACGGUACAGCUGAGCACAGUGCCUACCUGUUCGUCUCAGAUGCCGCUCCCUCUGUAGCCGGGGCCCCUGGUGCGCCAAUGAGCGUCAAGGCCUAUGAUGUCAACCAGGACUACGUCUUGGUUGCCUGGAAACCCCCCAACACCGUCAACGAGGCGCCAAUCACCGGAUACUUCGUAGACCGCUGUGAGGCCGGCAGCGACACCUGGGUCCAGUGCAACGACUCCCCAGUGAAGGUUUGCAAAUAUCCGGCACAUGGGCUGAGCGUGGGCCACUCCUACCACUUCAGGGUCAGGGCUGUGAACAGCGCCGGCAUCAGCAGAGCGUCACGCAAGUCCGACAAAGUGACCACGCUGGACCCCGCGGAGAGUGAGAGGCUGCAAGUGAUUAAAAUAGGAGGGAAAUACGACAUAGUGAUCAAGGAUGAUGACCUGGAAGGCUACGUAACUCUGCCCGGGGAGCCCACCGAGGUGCAUGCUUCAGAGAUUUUCAGGUCUUAUGUUGUGCUGAGCUGGAAGCCCCCGACCCCCCGCGGACGGGCUCCGCUGUGGUACGUCAUCGAGAAGUGCUUAGCAGGCACUGGAGCUUGGCAGCGGAUCAACACGGCAGUCAAACUGCUCUCCCCCCGUUACCCGGUUUUCGAUUUGCAGGACGGGCAAAAGUACCAGUUCCGAGUGUAUUCAGUGAACAUGUACGGCUCCAGCGAGGCCUCGGUGCCCUCUGAGCCCGUCCAGAAGGUGGACAUGGACGGUGUUGAACACUCUGUCGGCGUUCCCUCUGCUCCUGGUCAGGUCGUUGCCACCAGGAACACCAAGUCCUCCGUCUUUGUCCAGUGGCAGGCGUCCAAACACGCCAAAAACAUCAUGGGAUAUUACAUCGACGCCCGCGUGGUGGGAUCGAAGGAGUGGUUCCCCUGCAACCACAAACCCUUCAGACACACCAGGUUCGUGGUCCACGGCCUGGUCCCAGGUGAGACCUACGUGUUCCGCGUCCAGGCUGUCAACGUCUACGGCCUCAGUGAGGAGUCGCAGGAGUCCUCCCCCAUCGCUGUGGAGCCGGCCCUCGGUGGGGGGGUGGAGUUUGCCACUCCCACUGCUCCCUAUGGAAUCAGCCUGCUGAGCAGUGACGGCUCCUCCAUGACCGUGGGCUGGAAGAGUCCCAAACACUGCGGCGGCUCCAAGGUCAACGCCUACUACAUCGACCACCGCAACGCCGACACCCUGGUCUGGAAGGAGGUGAACUUGGCACCAAUCACAGAGAGAGUUUACACCGUCCAGAACCUGACUGAGGGAACCUUCUACGAGUUCAAGGUCCAGGCUGCCAACAUGGCAGGUGUGGGUCUGCCAUCAGACCCCAGUGCACCAAUGAAAUGCGAGAAAUGGACUUUUGACGAGCCAGGCCCAGCUCAUGACCUGACCUUCAGUGAGGUCAGAGCUAACUCCCUGGUCCUCCUGUGGAAGGCCCCAGUCUACGCCGGUGCCAGUGUUGUCAGCGGAUACUUCGUGGACAUGGCCAAGAAGGGUUCUUCAGACUUUGUUACUCUGAACCAGGAAACUGUCAGCCACCGUUACCUGCAGGUGACGGGUUUGGAGGAGGGACAAAGCUACGUGUUCAGGGUCCGUGCCGUCAACGACAACGGUGUUGGAAAACCUUCUCUGGUCUCUGAGCCCGUCUGUGCCCGAGUUCUCCCAGGCACCAAAGAGAUCAUGGCUGGAGUGGAUGAGGAGACUGGGGACGUCUUCCUGUCCCUGGAGGCCUGUGAGGUCGCUGAGACCUCCACCUUCGAGUGGUCAAAGAACUACAAGCUCAUCGGCGACUGCCCCAGGGUCCAAGUGACGGCAAAGGGCAGAACCUCCAAGCUGACGUUCACCAACCCUGACAAGGAUGAUCUGGGCAGAUACUCUGUGGUGGUCACCGACACAGAUGGAGUCUCUGCCAGUCACACACUGACGGAGGACGCUCUGAACACCAUGCUGGAGCUCAGCCAUGCCAUCAGACACCCCAUCGUUCCUCUGAAACACGGCCUGAACUACGAAGUCCUGGAGAAAGGUCACGUGCGUUUCUGGGUGCAGGCCGUCAAACUGUCCUCCUCUGUCAACUACAGGUUCAUCGUGAACGACAAGGAAGUCGCUGCUGGAGAGGGUUAUAAGAUCAGUCAUGACGUGGGCACAGGAAUCAUCCAGAUGACGGUGGAACAGUUCACCAGAGCCAACGAAGGCACCUACACCGUCCAGAUCAACGACGGAAAGGCCAAGACCCAGAGCUCCCUGGUGCUGGUCGGAGACGUUUUUAAGGUCGCUCUGAGGGAGGCGGAGUUCCAGAGGAAGGAGCACAUCAGGAAGCAAGGUCCACAUUUCUCUGAGUACCUGUAUUUCACUGUCACUGAGGACUGCACUGUUCUGCUCACCUGCAAGGUUGCCAACGUCAAGAAGGAGACAACUUUCCACUGGUACAAAGAGGAAGACGAGAUUGUUCUGGAAACUCCUCCUAACGUCCUGUCCGGAGCCUGCGCUCUGCCCGUCCCUCUGUUCUCCAGAAAAGAUCAGGGCGUUUACAAGGCCGUGCUGGGUGACGACAGAGGAAAGGACACGUCUGUGAUCGACAUUUCAGGAAAAGUGUUUGAUGACAUCAUCAACGCCCUGGCCCAGAUCGCUGGUGCCUCUGCCUCUGACCUGGUGCUGCAGUGUACACCAGAGGGCAUCAGACUGCAGUGCUACAUGAGCUACUACACAGAGGAGAUGAAGACCGUGUGGAAGCACAAGGAGUCCAAGAUCGCCUCCUCUGAGAAGAUGAGGAUCGGUGGCACAGCGGAGAUGGCCUGGAUGCAGAUCUGUGACCCCACCGACAAGGAGAAGGGCAACUACACUAUGGAGAUCUCAGACGGGGUGAAGACUCACAUCAGGACCUUUGACCUCUCCGGACAAGCCUACACCGAAGCCUACGAGGAGUACCUGAGACUUAAGGCAGCUGCAUUUGCUGAAAAGAACCGCGGCAGAGUGCUGGGUGGUCUCCCUGACGUCGUCACCAUCAUGGAGCACAAGUCCCUGAGCCUGACCUGCACAGUGUGUGGCGAGCCGACCCCUGAGGUCACCUGGUUCAAGAACGAGCAGGAGGUUAUCUCCAACGAGCACACCAGGGUCACAUUUGACGGUGGCAAGUUUGCCAGCAUGGUCAUCAACCAGGUCACGCCCGAGGACUCUGGCAAGUACAGCAUCAACGUGCGGAACAAGUACGGCGGCGAGUUCGUGGAGAUCACCGUCAGCGUCUACAAGCACGGCGAGAAGAUCCCUGAGCCCAAACUGGGACAGCCCAAAAUGGCCACGCCCUGCGUUACUCCUGCAGCCACUCCCGCUCCCAAGUCCCCCGCUCCCCCGUCCAAGACCCCGACCCCUGCACCCUCCAAGUCCCAGACCCCAGCGCCGUCCACAAAGACCCCAACUCCAGCAUCCACCCCGGCUCCUAAGUCUCCAACCCCAACCCCCAGAUUUGGCGCCCAAGCCCCCAAAUCACCGACCCCAACCCAGAAAUCUCCAACCCCGGGCGGCAUGAAGUCCCCGACUCCAUCCAGGUUCAUGAAGUCUCCAACCCCCCCCAGGAAGUAAACGGGUGGAGGGGACGUCUGCCGUUAGCAUCGCUGAUUUAAAGCAUGUGAGUGAAACCAUAGAAAAAUAAAACAACUCUCAUUUAGACGUAGUCGCCGUGAACUGUCCCGCCGCCUCCUGAGACCAGAGCACCAACCAGAGAGAGCCUUUAUCGUUAACUUGUACUAACUGGUUCCACAGUAAACACAGGGCAGUCUGACAACAGAGGGACGUUCGCAGUGACUGCAGGGUAGAUGUUCUGUCACUUCAUGUCGUUCAACUGGCCACCGAGCAGAAAAAUGAAAGAAACCAAAAAUUUGCCGGAGGAGGGCGGAGGUCAAAGUUUAGUGUUUUAAGAGCCGAACCUUCCGCUACGCAAGAGUCGCGGAACGCCUGUGUUCAUUUCCUGUGGAUGUUAAAUUAUGAUUCUAGUGUUAAAUGUCUUAGAUCAAAUGAUGAGAACGUACUUACCCGGUGCUACUGAUGUGGUCAGAGAACACCGUCGUGGAGCUCCACUCCUGCUCUCUGACUCUGAGGGAACCUCAGCCUUAAAGUCUCUCAAACCUCAGACUCAAACCUUCAGAAUGAAGUGAAUUUAAUGUUUUGUUUUUUUUUUUGACAUUUCUCUGAAGUGUACGUCUGACAACAGCUCCUGAGUUUGUGUCUUCUCUGAUCUCAGCAGUCGUCCUGGUAGGUGCAGUGUCUAAACUGCAGGUAGCGCUGUAGCUGUUAGUUAGUUCAGUCCAAACCUGAUCUUGUGUAUUGUCCCUGGAACCAGGACUCUGUCCCCGUUUGAAGUCAAAUCUGUGCCACAGGUUUGACCCUCAGUCACAUGUUGUGAUGUGUCCCCAUCAGUGAUUUGUGAUGGCAUUAAACUUCACGUUUCAUCCUGA